CAUAUGAUAUUCGACAUCACUGCCAUGCCAUGGCGCUCUCUCUAUCGUCGUCAGUGAACCCAACUAGUACUUGUUCCUCUUCUUUUAGCUUCAAUGCUCCUCAGUGCUUUCUUCACUCUUCCAGAACAUGCAGAGCUCACAGGUUCAGAGUUUCAUGCAAGACUGUUCAAAUUGAGACUCAGCAGCAGCCCCAAAGAAUCAAAGUUGCUAUUACAAAGAAGAAGAGGAAGCCGAAGCCAAGCUUCUAUCAGCAAAUUCAGGACAAAUGGUCCAUGAAAGUGGGUUCCCCAAGAGACAAAUUUCCAUGGCAGAAACAGGAGGAAUCAGAAGAAGAAGAAGAAAGGGAAAGUCAGGAAUCAGAGGUUAGAGUGUCUAAACCAGUUAUUCAAGAAGUGAGCUUUUCUUUGCCAAAUUCUGUAAAGUAUGCUCCUUGGGCUCAUAGAAGCACACCCAUUAAGCCCCAGAUUGAUUAUCAGCCUGAAACUUAUGAACCCAUUGUUGAACAUAGUGGCAUUGAUUCUACUAAUGGUUACAGUAAAGCUAAAAACUUUAGGCAAGAAUUUGAUGGUAGUGGUAAAUUGGAUAGGGAAAUUGAUCAAGUUUCAGUUGGGUUUUCGAAACAGAAAGAGGAAGAAGUUGAUAGAAAUGGGAAAUUGGAGAGAGCAAUUGAUGGGGUUUCAAAAGAGGAAAAGAUAAUAAUUUCGAAAAGCUUUGAACAUAGAAAUGGCAAAUUGGAGGGACAGAUUGAUGGAAUUUCAGUUGGUGUUUCAAAAAAGGAGGAGAUGGUGAUUUCAAAAGGCUUAAUUGGGGCUGCUGUGGGUGAAAUUCUAUCUGGGGAUAGAGAAAAUGAUGAAAAUGUGGAACCUUUUGUGUCUUCUGGUCGUGAUUCUCGAGCUUCUACUCGGUUGCCUUGGGAGAGAGAAGGUGAAUUGGGUAAUGGGGAAGGUGGUAAGACAAGAAAGAAGUGGAGUAAUACGCUUUCGGCUGAGGCAUCCCUUCCGGAGCAUGAGUUGAAGAGGCUAAGGAAUGUUUCUUUGAGGAUGCUGGAAAGGACUAAAGUCGGAGCUGCCGGUAUUACACAGGGUUUGGUGGAUGCUAUACAUGAGAAGUGGAAGGUGGAUGAAGUGGUCAAGUUGAAGUUUGAGGAGCCACUCUCACUUAACAUGAAAAGAACUCAUGGCAUUUUAGAGAGUAAAACUGGAGGUUUGGUUAUAUGGAGAUCAGGCAGUUCAGUAGUGUUAUACAGGGGAAUAUCAUACAAUCUUCCGUGUGUAAAGUCAUAUACCAAACAGAGCCAGACUGGUUCACAUAUGUUACAAGACUCGGAGGAUAACAUCACGAGUGAUGGCACACAGAAUGUAGGACUGAAGGAUGUGGCUAGUACUGCAGAGCUUUUCAGCUCAAAUUCUCCAAAGUAUUUGAAGGAUUUAUCUAAAAGAGAACUCAUGGAGUUGAGCGAUCUAAACCAUUUGUUAGAUGAGUUGGGUCCACGGUUUAAGGAUUGGAUAGGCUGUGAGCCAUUGCCUGUGGAUGCUGACUUACUUCCUGCGGUGGUUCCUGGAUAUCAAACACCCUUUAGACUUCUCCCUUAUGGGGUAAGAAGUGGUCUGAGAGACAAGGACAUGACAAAAUUCCGUAGGCUUGCUAGAGCUGCACCUCCACACUUUGCUCUAGGAAGGAGUAAAGAACUGCAAGGUCUGGCUACAGCUAUGGUGAAGCUGUGGGAGAAAUGUGCUAUUGCAAAGAUAGCCAUCAAACGCGGAGUACAGAAUACACGUAAUGAAAGAAUGGCAGAGGAACUCAAGAAAUUGACUGGGGGUACACUUCUCUCUAGAAACAAAGAUUAUAUUGUCUUUUACAGGGGCAAUGACUUCUUGCCAUCUGUUGUUACUGGAGUACUGAAAGAGAGGAGAAAAUUGAGAGAUCUCCAACAAGAUGAGGAGGAACAAGCACGACAAAUGACCUCUGACUACAUUGAGUCAAGAUCAAAAGCUUCUAAUGGCCAAUUGGUUGCUGGAACCCUUGCCGAGACCAUGGCAGCGACCACUCGCUGGAAAAACCAGCUGACGAUUGAAGAUGUCAAUAAAAUGACGAGAGAUUCAACUUUGGUUAAAGGUGCAUCGCUAGUCAGACACCUCGAGAAGAAACUGGCUUUUGCAAAAGGGAAGCUCAAAAAGGCUGAGAAGGCUUUAGCAAAAGUGCAGGAAAAGUUGGUCCCAGCAGAUCUGCCGGAUGAUCUGGAAAUCCUAACGGAUGAGGACAGGUUCUUGUUUCGUAAGAUUGGUCUCAGUAUGAAACCCUUCCUACUUUUAGGGAGGCGAGAUGUUUACUCUGGUACCAUAGAGAACAUGCACUUGCACUGGAAACAUAGAGAGUUGGUGAAGAUAAUAGUGAGAGGAAAAAGUUUUCAGCAAGUCAAGCAUAUAGCAAUCUCCUUGGAAGCGGAGAGUGGUGGGCUGCUAGUAUCUCUAGAUAAAACUACCAAAGGGUAUGCAAUUAUUGUAUAUCGUGGGAAGAACUAUCAAUGUCCUCUUCCAUUAAGGCCUAGGAAUCUAUUGACAAGAAGGCAGGCAUUAGCUCGGUCAAUUGAACUACAGAGACGCGAGGGAUUGAAGCAUCAUCUCUCAGAUUUACAGGAGAGAAUUGAGUUGUUGAAAUCUGAACUAGAGGAAAUGGAAAAUGGGAGGAUGGUUGAUGAUGGAAGAACCUUGCGUUCAACAUUAGAUGAUUCUCUUUUCUCCAGUGACAGUGAAGAGGACGAAGGGGAAGAAGCAUAUCUUGAAGUAUAUGAUAGUGGCAAUGAGGAUAACUGUGAUGAACAUGAGGUUGUUGAACCAGUUUAGUAUUCCACCAGCUGAUUGUUAAUUCAGAGAUGACAUUGCUGGUGUUUGCAAAGAACAUGAGUAGUUCUACAUAGCUGAGGGAAUGCACGAGUUGGCACAAAAGAAUGGUUCUUGAUAUUUCGUAAACUCCUCAAAAUGAUCGCAGAGGUCCAAGCAUUUAUUUAGCUAGCAAUGAGGUAUAUCAGCUACUAUCUAUCCAGCAAUUCAAUUAUUGAUACUUCAGAGGCGAAGAUUGUAGAUGUCUGUAAAGAAGAUAAAGAGCUUCAUAUUGCCAAAGAAAACAAGAUGUUGGUACUGCAGUUUUCAUUGUAAGUUGAUUGUAAAUAGAAUGAUUUGUGCCACAUUACUGGUAGUUAGCCAGUUUAUGCUGCCAAAAUAUGUUUGAUGUUUC